UGGCAAGUAUAAGCGACGCAAAAUGUUGAAGUACCUGCAGCCGUUGCUGAUUGGUGUUUUAAUUGUAAAGUUCAUCAUGCUGCCGCUCGUUCUGAAAACGUUAACCGCGCUCUCAACAUCGUCAUUUGUGAUGAGUAAAAUUGCAUUGGCAACUGCUGGACUAUUUGUGCUUAAAUGGCUAUUUUCCGGCUCCGAGGACGGCAGUGGCUACAAUGGCGGCGUCAAGGAGCGAACACAUUUCGAGAUUGUACAUUUACCAUUACCACUGACGAAAACAUAUCAAAGGGGAAAUGCAGGUGGUGACGUCGUUGGUGGUUGGAGUGAUUUAUCGCUAAGUGGCAGCCACAGCAUAUUGGCUGUAAAGCAUGCAAACAACAAGCCCAGCAAAUAUAUACCAGUAAAUAGCGCCAAGGAUAUGGCGCAUGUGGUGGCAGCAGCAGUGGCGACAGACAGCAUCGGCGGCAAUAGCUAUCGAAGCACGCGACCUUAUGCUCGUCCUUAUGACGCUGCUUUUUAUGGUAAACCUUUUUUGUAAAAGCGUAUAUUUUUGAUCAGGCGAUUUCCCAACGAUUACACUGGCAUUUACAUAAGCUCACCACAGUACACAAUUACCUUUUUUUAACAAUGUUUGCGCAAGUAUUUAAUUAAUCAUUAUAUUCGCUGAUUAAAGCAAUGGUAUUAACUUGUAUCAUCUAAAGCUGUAACACAUA